AUGGCCGCUCACAAUUCUCAAUUCCAAGAGGAAACAAGGAGCACUCUUAGGAACACAGGAGCUUCAAUCAAAAAUCUGGAGAUUCAAAUGAGUCAGAUUGCACAACAAAUGACCAACACUCAACCACAAGGUGCUUUACCAAGUGCCACGGUUACGAAUCCUAGAGAUAAUAAUCAUGUGAACGCUGUUACAACAAGGAGCAAUAAAUCGAAGGAAACGCAUGAGAAAAACUCUGAUGAAGAAGAUAUGUUAAUUGAAGUAGAUGUGGAGAUUAAAGAAAAUGAGGUAGUAAGAAAAGAGGUCACAGGCGAAGAAGGGGUAGUCAAAGAAAAAGUUGCUACACCUAAACCAGCGGUGAGACUUCCUUUCCCCACAAGGAAUAAGAAGAAAGAACAACAUGAGAAAAACUUCGAGAAGUUUUUAGAGAUGUUCAAGAAACUUGAGCUAAACAUUCCAUUCUUAGAGGCACUGGAGCAAAUGCCUACCUAUGCGAAGUUCAUGAAGGAUAUCAUUUCGAAGAAGCGAACAAUCGACAGUGACCCGAUUAUUCUAACUGAAACUUGUAGUGCUAUUUUGCAGGGAAUGAAGAUCCCAGUUAAAAAGAGAGAUCGAGGUUCAGUAACGAUCCCAUGCACAAUUGGUGAUAGAUCUUUCAAGAAAGCUUUGAUCGAUUUGGGGGCAAGUGUGAGUCUUAUGCCUUUAUCCAUUUACAAAAGAUUGGGAAUAGGUAAAGUACAAGAUACUCGUAUGACACUUCAGUUUGCUGACCAAUCCGUUAAAAGACCCUACGGAGUGGUAGAAGAUGUGCUGGUUAAAAUAGACAAGUUCGUGUUUCCGAAGCUACCUUUGGAAAGAGUUCUUAGUUUAUCAAUCUUCGAAGAGGAAGAAAUAAUUGAUGAAAAGGACAGUGAAGUUUUAGCCAUGAUGGAAACAUCAUGUGUCAAAAAUUCUCGCCACAACCGAUGGGAGGAUCUAAGGCAACCAUUAGUGGAAGGAAGUAAAGACGAACCAAAGAAGGGGGCUGAACUUAAGCAAUUACCAGAGAACCUCAAAUAUGUCUUUUUAGACACUAAAAAAACAGAAGAUACGCACCCGAUAAAGGACGAGUUCGCUGAUGAACAUAUCCUCGCUGUUAUUGGUGUGCCUUGGUUCGCCGAUUAUGCGAACUAUUUGGUAGGUGGUAUUGUACCUGAAGAUUUUGACUCUAACAGAAAGAAAAAGUUUUUACAUGAUUGCAGGUUCUACUUAUGGGAUGAUCCAUUCCUAUACAAGAAGGGACUCGAUGGUUUGAUCAGAAGAUGUGUACCUGAGGAGGAACAAAGGGAUGUGCUAAAAGCAUGCCAUGAUUCCGAAUAUGGAGGACACUUCAGUGGUGAUAGAACGGCUGCAAAAGUCCUACAAUCUGGGUUGUAUUGGCCUACUCUAUUCAAAGACGCCCAAAGCAUUGUGAAAGAAUGUGAUAGGUGUCAAAGAACAGGGAAUAUUUCCAAAAGAAACCAGAUGCCGCAGAAGGGUAUACUUGAAGUGGAAUUGUUCGAUGUGUGGGGAAUCGAUUUCAUGGGACCUUUUCCACCAUCUUUUGGAAAGAACUACAUCCUCGUAGCCGUUGAUUAUGUCUCCAAGUGGGUUGAAGCAGUCGCUCUACCCACAAAUGAUGCGAAGGUGGUAGUAAACUUUCUCAAAACCAAUAUUUUCUCUAGAUUUGGGGUUCCAAGAGCACUCAUAAGCGAUGAAGGCACCCACUUCUUAAACAAGUUAAUGGAGAAUCUGUUGAAAAAGUACAAUGUGAAACAUAAGAUUGCCACUGCUUACCAUCCACAAACCAGUGGUCAGGUGGAGGUUUCGAACCGGCAAAUCAAGCAGAUUCUCGAAAAGACUGUUAGUGCUUCGAGAAAAGAUUGGUCUAUGAAACUUGAAGACGCAUUAUGGGCGUACAGAACAGCAUUCAAGACCCCCAUUGGUAUGUCCCCGUAUCAACUAGUUUAUGGUAAGGCGUGCCAUCUCCCUCUUGAACUUGAGCACAAAGCAUUUUGGGCUACCAAGUAUUUGAACUAUGAUCUAGCAAAAGCAGGUGAAUUACGGAUUCUUCAACUCCAUGAGCUAGAAGAAUUCCGUGAUCAAGCCUAUGAGAAUGCUAAGGUCUAUAAAGAGCAGACCCGGAAAUGGCAUGAUCAGAGAAUAAAACAGAAAGUAUUCUGGGAGGGCCAGUUAGUGCUUCUAUUCAACUCCAGGCUUAAACUUUUUCCUGGGAAAUUAAAAUCCCGGUGGUCUGGUCCGUUUGUGGUACAAACGGUAUUCCCUCAUGGUGCGGUGGAAAUUAAAAAUCCAAACAAUGGAGAUGUGUUCAAGGUGAAUGGACAACGGCUGAAGCCCUACUACACUGGAGUAGGAGCGGGAGUGAUCGAUCAUUUGCGUCUCAUCGACUGA